AUGGGUGGCGAUUGUGAGUGGUGGCGGUGGGUGGCGGCGGCGGUCGGAGGCAGCAGCGGUGGUGGGUGUGGCGGCGGUGACGCUGGUGUUCGGUGGCCGAGGGUGGCGAUGGUCGGCAGUGGUGCCGGUGUUGUGGCGAAGGGUGGUGGCAGCGGGUGGCGGAGGUUGUCAGUGGUAGUGGCCAGUGGUGGUGGCGGUGGCGGAGGGUGGCGACGAUGGUGGGCAGUGUUGACGGUGGACGGUGGUGUUCGGUGGUUAGUGGUGGCGAUGGUUCAGGUGUUCGGUGGUGGAGGUGGGUGGUUGCGGCGGCGGGUGGUGGCGGUGGCACCGGUGUUCGGUGGCGGUGGUCGGCGAUGGCAACGGCGGGUCGUGGCGAUGGUGGCGCUGAUGGUUGACGAUGUAAGGUGGCGGCGGCGGGUGGCUAGUGGUGGAGGUGGUGGGGGUGUUGGUAAUGAAGGUGGGAGAGGGAAUGAAAUGAAAAAAAAAACAGUGGGUGUGGAUGGAAUAAAUUUGAGGGAAUUGAAUGGCUUAUGUAAUGGGUGA